AUUCUCCCGCUUUCCAUCACCCCGCCCCAUUCUCCCGCUUUCCACCACCCUGCCCCAUUCUCCCGCUUUCCAUCACCCCGCUCCAUUCUCCCGCUUUCCAUCACCCCGGCCCAUUCUCCUGCUUUCCAUCACCUCGCCCCAUUCUCCUGCUUUCCAUCACCCCGGCCCAUUCUCCCGCUUUCCAUCACCCCGCCCCAUUCUCCCGCUUUCCAUCACCCCGUCCCAUUCUCCCUCUUUUCAUCACCCCGCCCCAUUCUCCCUCUUUCCAUCACCCCACCCCAUUCUCCCGAUUUCCAUCAGCCCGGCCCAUUCUCCCUAUUUCCAUCACCCUGCCCCAUUCUCCCCCUUUCCAUCACCCCGCCCCAUUCUCCCGCUUUCCAUCACCCCGCCCCAUUCUCCCGCUUUCCAUCAACCCGCCCCAUUCUCCCUCUUUCCAUCACCCCGCCCCAUUCUCCCUCUUUCCAUCACCCCGGCCCAUUCUCCCUCUUUCCAUCACCUUGCCCGUUCUCCCUCUUUCCAUCACCUCGCCCCAUUCUCCCUAUUUCCAUCACCCCGCCCCAUUCUUCCGCUUUCCAUCACCCCACCACAUUCUCCAGCUUUCCAUCACCCCUCCCCAUUCUCCCGCUUUCCAUCACCCCGCCCCAUUCUCCCACUUUCCAUCAUCCCGCCCCAUUCUCCCGCUUUCCAUCACCCCGCCCCAUUCUCCCGCUUUCCAUCACCCCGCCCCAUUCUUCCGCGUUCCAUCACCCUGCCCCAUUCUCCAGCUUUCCAACACCCGGCCCCAUUCUCCCGCUUUCCAUCACCCCGCCCCAUUCUCCCUCUUUGCAUCACCCCGCCCCAUUCUCCCUCUUUCCAUCACCCCGCCUCAUUCUCCCUUUUUCCAUCACCCCACCCCAUUCUCCCUAUUUCCAUCUCCCCGCCCCAUUCUCCCGCUUUCCAUCACCCCGCCCCAUUCUCCCUCUUUCCAUCACCCCACCCCAUUCUCUCUCUUUCCAUCACCCCGCCCCAUUCUCCCUCUUUCCAUCACCCCGCCCCAUUCUUCCGCUUUCCAUCACCCCGCCCCAUUCUCCCUAUUUCCAUCACCCCGCCCCAUUCUUCCGCUUUCCAUCACACCGCCCAAUUCUCCAGCUUUCCAUCACCCCGCCCCAUUCUCCCGCUUUCCAUCACCCCGCCCCAUUCUCUCGUUUUCCGUCACCCCGCCCCAUUCUCCCGCUUUCCAUCACCCCGCCGCAUUCUUCCGCUUUCCAUCACCCCGCCCCAUUCACCCUCUUUCCGUCACCCCGCCCCAUUCUCCAGCUUUCCAUCACCCCGCCCUAUUCUCCCGCUUUCCAUCACCCCGCCCCAUUCUCCCGCUUUCCAUCACCCCACCCCAUUCUCCUGCUUUCCAUCACCCCACCCUAUUCUCCCUCUUUCCAUCACCCCGCCCCAUUCUCCCGCUUUCUGUCACCCAGCCCCAUUAUCCCGCUUUCCAUCACCCCGCCCCAUUUUCCCGCUUUCCAUCACCCCGACCCGUUCUCCCGCUUUCCAUCACCCCGCCCUAUUCUCAAGCUUUCCAUCACCUCGCCCCAUGCUCCCGCUUUCCAUCACCCCACCCCAUUCUCCCGCUUUCCAUCACCCCGCCCCAUUCUUCCGCUUUCCAUUACCCCGCCCCAUUCUCCCGCUUUCCAUCACCCCGCCCCAUUCUCCCGCUUUCCAUCACUUCGCCCCAUUCUCCCGCUUUCCAUCACCCCGCCCCUUUCUUCCUCUUUCCAUCACCCCGCCCCAUUCUCCCGCUUUCCAUCACCCCGCCCCGUUCUCCCGCUUUCCAUCACCCCGCCCCAUUCUCCCGCUUUCCAUCACCCUGCCCCAUUCUCCAGCUUUCCAUCACCCCGCCCCAUUCUCCCGCUUUCCAUCACCUCGCCCCAUUCUCCCUCUUUUGAUCACCCCGCCCCAUUCUCCCUCUUUCCAUCACCCCGCCCCAUUCUCCCUCUUUCCAUCACCCCACCCCAUUCUCCCUAUUUCCAUCACCCCGCCCCAUUCUCCCGCUUUCCAUCACCCCGCCCCAUUCUCCCUCUUUCCAUCACCCCGCCCCAUUCUCCCGCUUUCCAUCACCCCGCCCCAUUCUCCCUCUUUCCAUCACCCCGCCCCAUUCUCCCGCUUUCCAUCACACCACCCCAUUCUCCAGCUUUCCAUCACCUCGCCCUAUUUUCUCUCUUUCCAUCAACCCGCCCCAUUCUCCCGCUUUCCAUCACACCGCCCCAUUCUCCCGCUUUCCAUCACCUCGCCCUAUUUUCUCUCUUUCCAUCACCCCGCCCCAUUCUCCCGCUUUCCAUCACCCCGCCCCAUUCUCCCUCUUUCCAUCACCCCGCCCCAUUCUCCCUCUUCCCAUCACCCCGCCCCAUUCUCCCGCUUUCCAUCACUCCGCCCCAUUCUCCCGCUUUCCACCACCCCGCCCCAUUCUCCCGCUUUCCACCACCCCGCCCCAUUCUCCCGCUUUCCAUCACCCCGCCCCAUUCUCCCGCUUUCCAUCACUUCGCCCAAUUCUCUCGAUUUCCAUCACCCCGCCCCAUUCUCCCGCUUUCUAUCACCCGGCCCCAUUGUCCCGCUUUCCAUCACCCCGCCCCAUUCUCCCACUUUCCAUCACCCCGCCCCAUUCUCCCUUUUCCCAUUACCCGCCCCAUUCUCCCGCUUUCCAUCAUCCCGCCCCAUUCUCCCGCUUUCCACCACCCCGCCCCAUUCUCCCGAUUUCCAUCACCCUGCCCCUCUCCCGCUUUCCAUCACUCCCCCCCAUUCUCCGGAUUUCCAUCACCCCGCUCCAUUCUCCCGCUUUCCAUCACCCCGCCCAAUUAUCCCUCUUUCCAUCACCCCGCCCCAUUCUCCCUCUUUCCAUCACCCCGCCCCAUUCUCCCGCUUUCCAUCACCCGCCCCAUUUUCCCGAUUUCCAUCACCCCGCCCCAUUCUCCCGCUUUCCAUCACCCCGCCCCAUUCUCCCUCUUUCCAUCACCCCGCCCCAUUCUCCCGCUUUCCAUCACACCACCCCAUUCUCCCGCUUUCCAUCACCUCGCCCUAUUUUCUCUCUUUCCAUCACCCCGCCCCAUUCUCCCGCUUUCCAUCACACCGCCCCAUUCUCCCGCUUUCCAUCACCUCGCCCUAUUUUCUCUCUUUCCAUCACCCCGCCCCAUUCUCCCGCUUUCCAUCACCCCGCCCCAUUCUCCCUCUUUCCAUCACCCCGCCCCAUUCUCCCUCUUCCCAUCACCCCGCCCCAUUCUCCCGCUUUCCAUCACUCCGCCCCAUUCUCCCGCUUUCCACCACCCCGCCCCAUUCUCCCGCUUUCCACCACCCCGCCCCAUUCUCCCGCUUUCCAUCACCCCGCCCCAUUCUCCCGCUUUCCAUCACUUCGCCCAAUUCUCUCGAUUUCCAUCACCCCGCCCCAUUCUCCCGCUUUCUAUCACCCGGCCCCAUUGUCCCGCUUUCCAUCACCCCGCCCCAUUCUCCCACUUUCCAUCACCCCGCCCCAUUCUCCCUUUUCCCAUUACCCGCCCCAUUCUCCCGCUUUCCAUCAUCCCGCCCCAUUCUCCCGCUUUCCACCACCCCGCCCCAUUCUCCCGAUUUCCAUCACCCCGCCCCUCUCCCGCUUUCCAUCACUCCCCCCCAUUCUCCGGAUUUCCAUCACCCCGCUCCAUUCUCCCGCUUUCCAUCACCCCGCCCAAUUAUCCCUCUUUCCAUCACCCCGCCCCAUUCUCCCUCUUUCCAUCACCCCGCCCCAUUCUCCCGCUUUCCAUCACCCGCCCCAUUUUCCCGAUUUCCAUCACCCUGCCCCAUUCUCCCGCUUUCCAUCACCCCGCCCCAUUCUCCCGCCUUCCAUCACCCCGCCCCAUUCUCCCUCUUUCCAUCACCCCGCCCCAUUCUCACGCUUUCCAUCACCCCACCCUAUUCUCCCUCUUUCCAUCACCCCGCCCCAUUCUCCCGCUUUCCAUCACCCCGCCCCAUUCUCCCUCUAUCCAUCACCCCGCCCAAUUCUCCCACUUUCCAUCACCCCAUCCCAUUCUCUCGUUUUCCAUCACCCCGCCCCAUUCUCUCGCUUUCCAUCACCCCGCCUUAUUCUCCCGCUUUCCAUCACCCCGCCCCAUUCUCCCGAUUUCCAUCACCCCGCCCCAUUCUCCUGCUUUCCAACACCCUGCCCCAUUCUCCCGCUUUCCAUCACCUUGCCCCAUUCUCCCGCUUUCCAUCACCCCGCCCCAUUCUCCCUCUUUCCAUCACCCCGCCCCAUUCUCCCGCUUUCCAUCACCCCGCCCCAUUCUCCCUCUUUCCAUCACCCCGCCCCAUUCUCCCGCUUUCCACCACCCCGCCCCAAUCUCCCGCUUUCCACCACCCCGCCCCAUUCUCCCGCUUUCCAUCACACCACCCCAUUCUCCCGCUUUCCAUCACUCCGCCCCAUUCUCCCGCUUUCCAUCACCCGGCUCCAUUGUCCCGCUUUCCAUCACCCCGCCCAAUUCUCCAUCUUUCUAUCACCCCUUCCCAUUCUCCCUCUUUCCAUCACCCCGCCCCAUUCUCCUGCUUUCCAUCACACUGCCCCAUUCUCCCUCUUUCCAUCACCCUGCCCCAUUCUCCCUCUUUCCAUUUCCCCGCCCCAUUCUCCUGCUUUCCAUCAUCCCGCCCCAUUCUCCCUCUUUCCAUCACCCCGCCCCAUUCUCCCGCUUUCCAUCACCCCGCUCCAUUCUCCCGCUUUCCAUCACCGCGCCCAAUUCUCCCGCUUUCCAUCACCCCUCUCCAUUCUCCCUCUUUCCAUCUCCCCGCCCCAUUCUCCUUCUUUCCAUCAACCCAUCCCAUUCUCCCUCUUUCCGUCACCCAACCCCAUUCUCCCUGUUUCCAUCACCUCGCCCCAUUCUCCCUCUUUCCAUCACCCCGCCCCUAUCUUCCUGUUUCCAUCACCUCGCCCCAUUCUCUCGCUUUCCAUCACCCCUCCCUAUUCUCCCUCUUUCCAUCACCCCGCCCCAUUCUCCCGCUUUCCAUCACCCCGCCCCAUUCUCCUUCUUUCCAUUACCCCGCCCCAUUCUCCAGCUUUUUAUCACCCCGCCCCAUUCUCCCGAUUUCCAUCACCCCACCCCAUUCUCCCGCUUUCCAUCACCCCGACCCAUUCUCCCGCUUUCCAUCACCCCGCCCUGUUCUCCCGCUUUCCAUCACACCGCCCCAUUCUCCCUCUUUCCAUCACCCCGCCCCAUUCUCCCGCUUUCCAUCACCCCGCCCCAUUCUCCCGCUUUCCAUCACCCCGCCCCGUUCUCCCGCUUUCCAUCACCCCGCCUCAUUCUCCCUCUUUCCAUCAACCCGCCCCAUUCUCCCUCUUUCCAUCACCCCGCUCCAUUCUCCCGCUUUCCAUCACCCCGCCCGCUCCAUUCUCCCGCUUUCCAUCACCCCGCCCAAUUCUCCCUCUUUCCAUCACCCCUCCCCAUUCUCCCUCUUUCCAUCACCCCGCCCCAUUCUCCCGCUUUCCAUUACCCCGCCCCUUUCUCCCUCUUUCCAUCACCCGCCCCAUUCUCCUGUUUUUUAUCACCCUGCCCCAUUCUCCCUCUUUCCAUCACCCCGCCCAAUUCUCCCGCUUUCCAUCACCCCACCCCAUUCUCCCGCCUUUCAUCACCCCGCCCUAUUCUCCCUCUUUCCAUCAACCCGCCCCAUUCUCCCUCUUUCCAUCACCCCGCCUUAUUCUCCCUCUUUCCAUCACCCUGCCCCAUUCUCCCGAUUUCCAUCACCCCGCCCCAUUCUCCCGCUUUCCAUCACCCCGCCCAAUUCUCCCACUUUCGAUCACCCCGUCCCAUUCUCCUGUUUUCCAUCACCCCGCCCCAUUCUCUCGCUUUCUAUCACCCCGCCUUAUUCUCCCGCUUUCCAUCACCCCGCCCCAUUCUCACUAUCUCCAUCACCCCUCCCCAUUCUCCCUCUUUCCAUCACCCCGCCCCAUUCUCAUGCUUUCUAUCACCCCGCCCCAUUCUCCCUCUUUCCAUCACCCCGCCCCAUUCUCCCGCCUUCCAUCACCCCGCCCCAUUCUCCCUCUUUCCAUCACCCCGCCCCAUUCUCCUGCUUUCCAUCACCACGCCCCAUUCUCCCUCUUUCCAUCACCCCGCCCCAUUCUCUCGCUUUCCAUCACCCCGCCCCAUUUUCCCUCUUUCCAUCACCCCGCCCCAUUCUCCCGCUUUCCAUCACCCCGCCCCAUUCUCCCGCUUUCCAUCACCCCGCUCCAUUCUCCCGCUUUCCAUCACCCCGCCCAAUUCUUCCUCUUUCCAUCACCCGACCCCAUUCUCCCUCUUUCCAUCGCCCCGCCCCAUUCUCCCGCUUUCCAUCACCCUGCCCCAUUCUCCCUCUUUCCAUUCACCCCGCCCUCUCUCUUUCCAUCACCCCGCACCAUUCUCCCGCUUUCCAUCACCCCACACCAUUCACCCUCUUUCCAUCACCCCACCCCAUUCUACUGCUUUCCAUCACCCCGUCCCAUUCUCCCGCUUUCCAUCACCCCGCCCAAUUUUCCCUCUUUCCAUCAUCCCGCCCCAUUCUCCCUCUUUCCAUCACCCCGCCCCAUUCUCCCCCAAUCCAUCACCCCGCCCCAUUUUCUCUCUUUUCAUCACCCCGUCCCAUUCUUCCGCUUCCCAUCACCCCGCCCCAUUCUCCCUCUUUCCAUCACCCCUCCCUAUUCUCCCUCUUUCCAUCACCCUGGCCCAUUCUCCCGCCUUCCAUCACCCCGCCCCAUUCUCCAUCUUUCCAUCACCCUGCCCAAUUCUCCCGCUUUCCAUCACCCCGCCCUAUUCUCCUGCUUUCCAUCACCCCGCCCCAUUCUCCCUCUUUCCAUCACCCCGCCCCAUUCUCCCGCUUUCCAUCACCCCGCCCCAUUCUCCCGCUUUCCAUCACCCCGCCCCAUUCUCCCCCUUUCCAUCACCCCGCCCCAUUCUCCCGCUUUCCAUCACCCCGCUCCAUUCUCCAGCUUUCCAUCACCCCGCCCAAUUCUCCCUCUUUCCAUCACCCCACCCCAUUCUCCCUCUUUCCAUCACCCCGCCCCAUUCUCCCGCUUUCCAUCACCCUGCCCCAUUCUCCCUCUUUCCAUCACCCCGCCCUAUCCUCUCUCUUUCCAUCACACUGCACCAUUCUCCCGCUUUCCAUCACCCCGCACCAUUCUCCCUCUUUCCAUCACCCCACCCCAUUCUACUGCUUUCCAUCACCCCGUUCCAUUCUCCCGCUUUCCAUCACCACGCCCAAUUUUCCCUCUUUCCAUCAUCCGGCCCCAUUCUCCCUCUUUCCAUCACCCCGCCCCAUUCUCCCCCAAUCCAUCACCCCGCCCCAUUUUCUCUCUUUUCAUCACCCCGUCCCAUUCUUCCGCUUCCCAUCACCGCGCCCCAUUCUCCCUCUUUCCAUCACCCCUCCCUAUUCUCCCUCUUUCCAUCACCCCGCCCCAUUCUCCCGCUUUCUAUCACUCCGCCCCAUUCUCCCGCUUUCCAUCACCCCGCCCCAUUCUCCCGAUUUCCAUCACCCCGCCCCAUUCUCCAACUUUCCAUCACUUCGCCCCAUUCUCUCGAUUUCCAUCACCCCGCCCCAUUCUCCCGCUUUCCAUCACCCCGCCACAUUCUCCUGCUUUCUAUCACCCCCCCCCAUUCUCCCGCUUUCCAUCACCCCGCCCCAUUCUCCCUCUUUCCAUCACCCGGCCCCAUUCUCCCGCUUUUCAUCGCCCUGCCCCAUUCUCCUGAUUUCCAUCACCCCGCCCCUCUCCCGCUUUCCUUCACCCCGCCCCAUUCUCCCGCUUUCCAUCACCCCAACCAAUUCUCCCUCUUUCCAUCACCCCUCCCCAUUCUCCCUCUUUCCAUCACCCCGCCCCAUUCUCCCGCUUUCCAUCACCCCGCCCCAUUCUCCCGCUUUCCAUCACCCCGCCCCAUUCUCCCUCUUUCCAUCACCCUGCCCCAUUCUCCCGCUUUCCAUCACCCCUCCCCAUUCUCCCGCUGUCCAUCACCCUGCCCCAUUCUCCCGCUUUCGAUCACCCCGCCCCAUUCUCCCGCUUUCCAUCACCCCGCCCCAUUCUCCCGCUUUCCAUCACCCCGCCCCAUUCUCCUGCUUUCCAUCACCCCUCCCCAUUCUCCCGCUGUCCAUCACCCUGCCCCAUUCUCCCGCUUUCCAUCACCCCGCCCCAUUCUCCCUCUUUCCAUCACACCGCCCCAUUCUCCAACUUUUCAUCACCCUGCCCCAUUCUCCUGCUUUCCAUCACCCCUCCCCAUUCUCCCUCUUUCCAUCACCCCGCCUCAUUCUCCCACUUUCCAUCACCCCGCCCUAUUCUCCCUCUUUCCAUCAUCCCGCCCCAUUCUCCUCUAUUCUAUCACCCUGCCCCAUUCUCCAUCCUUCCAUCACCCCGCCCCAUUCUCCUGCUUUCCAUCAACUCGCUUGGUUGGUGGGGGUGCUGGGAGCAACUCUCCUGGCUGGUGGGGGUGCUGGGAGCAACUCACCUGGCUGGUGGGGGUGCCUGGAGCAACUCGUCUGGCUGGUGGGGGUGUUCGGAUCAACUCGCCUGGCUGGUGGGGGUGGUGGGAGCAACUCGCCUGGCCGGUGGGGGUGCUGGGAGCAACUCGCCUGGCUGGUGGGGGUGCUGGAAGCAGCUCACCUGGCUGGUGGGCGUGCUGGGAGCAACUCGACUGGCUGGUGGGGGUGCUCGGAGCAACUCGCCUGGCUGGUAUGGGUGCUGGGAGCAACUCGCCUGGCUGGUGGGGGUGCUGGGAGCAACUCGCCUGGCUGGUGGGGGUGCUGGGAGCAACUCGCCUGGCUGGUGGGGGUGCUGGGAGCAACUCACCUAGCUGGUGGGGGUGCUGGGAGCAACUCACCUGGCUGGUGGGGGUGCUUGGAGCAACUUGUUUGGCUGGUGGGGGUGCAGGGAGCAACUCGCCUGGCUGGUGGGGGUGCUGGGAGCAACUCGCCUUGCUGGUGGGGGUGCUGGGAGCAACUCGCCUGGCUGGUGGAGGUGCUGGGAGCAACUCGCCUGGCUGGUGGGGGUGCUGGGAGCAACUCGCCUGGCUGGUGGGGGUGCUGGGAGCAACUCGCCUGGCUGGUGGGGGUGCUGGGAGCAACUCGUCUGGCUGGUGGGGGUGCUGGGAGCAACUCGCCUAGCUGGUGGGGGUGCUGGGAGCAACUCACCUGGCUGGUGGGGGUGCUAGGAGCAACUCACCUGGCUGGUGGGGGUGCUGGGAGCAACUCCCCUGGCUGGUGGGGGUGCUGGGAGCAACUCACCUGGCUGCAACUCACCUGGCUGGUGGGGGUGCUGGGAGCAACUCACCUGGCCGGUGGGGGUGCUGGGAGCAACUCACCUGGCUGGUGGGGGUGCUGGGAGCAACUCACCUGGCUGGUGGGGGUGCUGGGAGCAAGUAACCUGGCCGGUGGGGGUGCUGGGAGCAACUCGCCCUGCUGGUGGGGGUGCUGGGAGCAACUCGCCUGGCUGGUGGGGGUGCUGGGAGCAAUUCGCCUAGCUGGUGGGGGUGAAGGGAGCAACUUGCCUUGCUGGUGGGGGUGCUGGGAGCAACUCGCCUGGCUGGUGGGAGUGCUGGGAGCAACUCGCCUGGCUGGUGGGGGUGCUGGGAGCAACUCGCCUGGCUGGUGGGGGUGCUGGGAGCAACUCGCCUGGCUGGUGGGGGUGCUGGGAGCAACUCGCCUGGCUCGUGGGGGUGCUGGGAGCAACUCGCCUGGCUGGUGGGGGUGCUGGGAGCAACUUGCCUGGCUGGUGGGGGUGCUGGGAGCAACUCGCCUGGCUGGUGGGUGUGCUGGGAGCAACUCAUCUGGCUGGUGGGGGUGCUGGGAGCAACUCACCUGGCUGGUGGGGGUGCUGGGAGCAACUCACCUGGCUGGUGGGGGUGCUGAGAGCAACUCACCUGGUUGGUGGGGGUGCUGGGAGCAAUUCGCCUGGCUGGUGGGGGUGCUGGGAGCAACUCGCCUGGCUAGUGGGGGUGCUGGGAGCAACUCGCCUUGCUGGUGGGGGUGCUGA